CUUGGUCGUCUAGCUUCUUUCUUGUUUGGCGUAGCGGGGCGAGGAGGCGCUCGCGCAGGCUUGGCGGCGUGUUUCGAUAUCGAUCGAUCAGGCGAUGGCGCUGCAUUGCUACCGCCGCGGCGCGAUCGAUCGGCCAUUGCGCUCGAGAAUAUUUCGGGGCGAGUGACAAUCGAUCGAGCGAGGUGAGAAUUCGGCGCGGAGCUCCACAUUCUCGAAUUGGGGAAUUUUUUUUGGUCCUGUUCGCUAUUUUCCACUUCCAAGAACAAUGGCAUGGUGUUUUUGCUGCUCGUGCGCUGGAGCGAACCAAAUGCCCACGCGAUAUAUCUAUGCGAUCAUCUUCCUUUUCACAAAUCUGAUCGCGUGGGUCGUCCGGGACUACAGUAGAGAGGCAUUCAGCACACUGCGGCAUUUUCAAGGCUGCUAUGGAGUCCACACUUGCUUGGCCUCGGAAGGUGUUCUUCGCCUAAGUUUUGGCUGCUUCGUGUUUUUUGCGAUCAUGUUCGUCACAACAGUAGGAACUUCGAGAAUUGGAGGUCUGAGAGAUGGGUGGCACUGUGGGUGGUGGCCCUUGAAAUUUCUCUUGUGGAUUUUGCUGAUGAUAUUGCCUUUCUUCGUUCCACCAGCCAUCAUCAAAGUAUAUGGCGAAAUUGCGAGAUUCGGUGCUGGAGUUUUUCUCGUCAUACAACUUUUCAGCAUAGUGAAUUUCGCUUACUGGUGGAACGAAAAGUGGCUUGCUCCCGAAAAUUCUCGGCGCUGUUUUCUUCCAAUGCUGAUAGUGACUACCCUCUCGUACGUUUUCUGCCUUAUUGGAUUGGUGAUUAUGUACGUUUGGUUUGCGCCCAAGCCAUCGUGCAGCCUCAACAUCUUCUUCAUUUCCUGGACUUUAGUCUUGCUGUUAACAAUGACGCUCGUCUCUCUUCACCCGAAAGUUAGCGCUGGGCUCAUGACUUCUGGCCUUAUAUCUCUAUACAUUGUUUUUCUGUGCUGGUCGGCCAUUAUGAGCGAGCCGCGAUCCGAAGUGUGCAACACAAGGCCGAGACAAACCGGGAAAGCGGACCUUCUAACUGUGCUGAGCUUCUUUAUGGGUCUCGUCGCCAUUGUUUUCGCCACAUUUUCUACAGGAGCCGACUCCAAUCCCUUUGUGGUAAGAAAGUUCAAUCACGGACUUCUUUCACUUGUUUUUGUAAUAACAGCCAGCAAACCCGACCCCCGAUCCCGAAAACCAAGAGAUCAAGCGAGUUCCAUACAGCUACGGGUUCUUCCACUUCGUCUUUGCAGUGGGAUCGAUGUACUUCGCCAUGCUCUUCGUCGGCUGGAACCUUCAUCAAACAAUGCUCAAAUGGAGCAUCGACGUUGGUUGGGCGAGCGUGUGGGUGAAGAUCACAAACGAAUGGCUCGCCGCUGGAGUGUAUAUUUGGACGAUGGUAUCAUCUGUUGUCUCGAAUAUCAGGCAAUUCUCGUGAGAAACGUUUUGGUUUUUUGGUAGGACUGACUGACGGAAUAUGCUACAAUGAGCCUCGAGGAAUAUACCAGGCUAGGGCUAAACCCUUUUAAUAAAUAGAGGGUUUCAGUG